UUCUGUCAUUUUGAGAUGACAGCUGCCUUGAAAAUUCGUUUCGAUUCCCUUUACUGACAGAAUUACAAAAUGGUUACCACGAACAAGUUGAUUAGAGCCCACGAAAUGUUCGAUUUGGGCACUUGCCUCAAACGUUACAUGCCCACGGCGGCGUCCUGUGCCAGCGCCGCCUGUCGUCGUCGUGUAACCGCGUUGCAAGUGCCUCCAACGAACAACCAAGCGGUUCUCAAUUAUGCAGGGAACUUGGAUACGCAAAUUAAUGGAAAAUUGAAUGCCAAUUAUCAGACGGAGAAGCAGCAUUGGUUUCUGAUCAAUCAAAAUAUUAUCUACGCUUUGGCCAAGCUCCUGGAACGUCCUGCGGAUGUGGUCUUUGAGUUUCUGUACGCCCUGACGUUGCAGAACUUUGGCAAGGUACUCAAUCCGCUGGGGCAUCCCUGGAGUGCGUGUCAGGUGCCUCUGUCGAACUAUGACACGUGCGAUUACUACAAUGGCAUUUUCGAUAGCCAGGGCAACCUAAGGGACCCCAAACAUCACGAUUCGCUGAGAAUUCUCAUCCAAAUACUGCAAUCCAUAUUGAGAGAACGUCCGGAUGCGGAUAAUGGGCCACAUGGGUCGCUCUUUGGGGCACUGAUUAUCACUCGCAUAAAAAGAAGACGACCUCGUAGAAGCAGAGCAAAACGCGCUGGCAUCGGUCCGGGAAGUGCUGCCCGUAGGAGGAGCCAGGUGAGAGUACAGGCAUCGAAUCAAAGAGCUCUGGAGUUGGCCCAAAGACUCAACAGAAUCGCCGAACCUGCCAAGUGGUUCAACGAUGGAGGAGAGCCAGGACUGCCGGACUAUAGACAUUGCUUUGCCUUGCCUAUUGGUACCCCAACAAAAGCCCUUGGUCCGAGUGCUGGCAAGUUAAAGCGCCCAAAGGCAGGUCCCAAUGGCCAAAACGCGGAUCACUUUGAACAAAAAGGCGCUCACCGGGGCAAAGAAGGCAGCGAAGUCCUUGGGCCGAGUGCUGGGAAGUUAAAGCGCCCACUUGCAGGUCCCAGUGGCCAAAGCGCGGAUCACUUUAAGCAAAAAGACGCUCACUGGGGCAAAGAAGGCAGCGAAGUCCUUGGGCCGAGUGCUGGGAAGUUAAAGCGCCCACAGGCAGGUCCCAGUGGCCAAAACGCGGAUCACUUUAAACCAAAUGGCGCUCACCGGGGCAAAGAAGGCAGCGAUGGAGGACUCUCUGGCUCUGACAGACGAUUAUCCGACACUUUGAAUAGCUCCUUCAAGGGAAAACUGCUCAAGGGACAAGAGACACAGAAUGGCAAGGUAUUGCCAGCAGAUCAGGAGGGUGGUGGUGGCGGUGGCCAGAGGAAGAAGCCAAAACUAGGGACUUCCACUCGCGGCACAGAGCUUAGAUCUCUGAUUGAUGAUGUGAAUAAAAAAACACGUGUUUCAAACAAUUUGGAAACGCUGAUAGAGGCCGUGAAUGACCUCGACCUGGACUCGCCACAAAGUAAAGAUAUUACCAAAAACAAGUUCCUGCAGCGACGCAUAUCGGAUGAGUAUAACGCAAUUACGAAUCCAUUGAACGUGGCCCCAGAGGGCUCCUCGGAGAGCGCAAAGAAAGGAAAGGGAAAAGCAAAGCGCAAUCGGAAAGGGCUCAAAGGCGAUGGCAAUAGCCAGCAGAAGCUUGGAAAAUCCGAUGGCUACUCGAAGAACGGAAAAGGUACAACCGAAGGCGAUCAGCAAGACGGAGAAGGUGCAGCCGAUGGCAGCGCGAAAGAUGGAAGAGGCUCAGCCGAUGGCAACUCGAUAGAUGGAAAAGGUACAGCCGAUGGCAAGGGAUCCAAAGGGCAGUACGGUGAAGGGAAAUACUCCACUCAAAUGGAUUCGGACAAACGCAAAAACCGCGUUACAGUGCAAACGAAACCACAUUAUGCAGAUCAACCAUCUAGAGGCACAUCCUUUGGCAAUCAAAAGAAUCCACUGGACUACAAACGGAAGACCCCAUGGCCCACGCACAGAACCCUGGAAGAUGAUACCCAAAAAGGUAUUGGAAAGAAAGGUAUUGGUAGGGUAUUGGAAGAUGAUACCCAAAAAGGUAUUGGAAAAAAAGGAAAAACAGAAGAAUCCCCCACCUACCUGAAAGGGGCCACAAAGUUUCAUGAACACAACGCAAAGCCUAAAAGGAAAUCAGGAAAAGCGCACUACUACUACGGCGCACCGAUACCAGUUCUCGUACACGAACCCUUUGAUGAAAAAAAAUCCUGGACAUGGCUGAGACGCCACCCACAGCAGAACCGAAUUGGUCCCGGUGGCGAACUCGCCAAAGCGGGCACCAUACGCCGCUAUCGACGCUCGUCCGUGGAGAGGCAAAUGGUCGCCGCCAAGACCCGUAACUCCGUGCAUUCUGUUUACUCGAAUGUCAGUGAUAGUGCGUUCAGGGCGGAGAUGCCCAUGUUCGGGGAGAUUGUCGCCAAGAGAAGCAAGAGAUCGUCUGUGGUUUCCAGGCAUAAAACAAGAGCACGUCACACGCAGUUAAAUCGAACUUUGCGUUAAACUUGUGCCCAGAAUAUUGACAUAUAUUUUUGAAACGAUUGUUGACCAUUUUGUAAGUCUUUUAGUGAAAUAUUUAAA